AUGAUUUGCAGGCUUUGCGCAGCAUUCACGGUCGACGUAAUCCACGGAGAGUACGCGACCUGGAAGCGCCUCAGUGAGACCGAGUACAGCUUCAAGCAUGGGACUCACGAAACCGUCGUAGCAUCUGCUGCGGCGGGUUGUGCGACAUGUGGACUGUUUCGCCUCGUGCGGCAGAAGAAGAUCCCAGGAUACGAGAGCCUCGGCGACAAAUGGCUCAUGAAGAGUGCCAUGGUGAUAGUAGCCACCAGCGGGCCUCGCUUUUCCUUUGACUUGAUGAGUGAGGGACCGAAUAGCUCUUGGAUCGGCUUUGAACUGUUUCAACCACGGUCCGACCAACGAGCUGACCCAGGCUUGGAACCAAUCGCUCAGCUACGAUGUGAGGUCUCCGAUGAUCCUCUUUCAGCGACAACGAUACGUAUGGCUUCACUCUGGGUCGACCAGUGCCACUACAAUCAAAGAGACUGCUCUCGCCAGGAUAAGACGCCGCUGCCGACAAGAAUCAUAGACGUGGGCUACUCGGACGAGUGUAUCUCCGCCAGACUUCAGGUCAAUCGUGGUCAACUUGGCAGAUAUGUCACGUUGAGUCACUGUUGGGGCAGUGCUAAGCGCCUGGUAACGAACAAGCGCAAUCUGAAGAAGUUCCAGAAUGAGAUUCCACUCAAUCAGAUGCCCGAGACAUUUCAGGACGCUAUCAAACUGACCAGAUUGCUGGGUAUGCGGUACUUGUGGAUCGACGCUCUAUGCAUUGUCCAGGAUGAUCGUGAGGACUGGCGUCGCGAGUCUGCAAAUAUGUGCUCGAUCUAUGAGAACGCCGCUUUCUCUAUCUCCGCACUGGUCGCUACGGACAGCUCAUCUGGAUUUCUGCACGCUCGAGACAUCGACCAGUGCGUUGUGGCAGCAGGGGACCUCACCUUCGGCGUCCGCCCGAAACUGCAGUCCAUUGAUGAGGCUCUUCGAGAGUCAAAGCUAGAAAGCAGGGCAUGGUGUUUGCAAGAACGCAUCUUGGCACCUGCUGUCCUUCACAUUGGCCAUCAGCAGCUGUUUUGGGAAUGUCGAGCGUGCUCCGUGUCCGAGACUGAACCCGACUCCGGAGAGGAAGGCCCAUCGUCGAGAUCUCCCAACUCAUCGUUCACAUACAUCCCGUCGGCUCCUGAUCGAAAGGAGCUGUUGCGGCUUUGGUAUGGUCUCGUCAAGGAGUACAGUGCUCGAGAUCUAACGAAGCCCACGGAUCGGCUGCCCGCAAUUGCAGGUCUGGCAGACAAGGUUCGAAGGGAAUUUGGCGGCUCGCCACUGUACGUGGAUGGGUUAUGGCUGGACGACCUGAUGGCUGGUCUACUUUGGCGACGACCGAAUCGACCCAAACCAAGAUUAAGCACCACGAAUGGAGAAGCGCAAACUUUGUCCACUCUUACCCCUUCGUGGAGCUGGGCGUCGACUCUUGGCGCUGUCGAAUACUCAUGGCAAGCUGAGUUUGAGUUUCACUUACCCUCUCCCCACGACAUGACCGCCUCACUCGACACAGCUUCUCCGACAACAGUCUUGCAAGUCGAAGGCUACGUCAAGCGUGGAAUGUGCAGGCUGUCCUCUCCUAGCUCCUCCUCGAACUCCACAAGCAAUGCGGCCUUCAAGCCCUCUGGAUCAUCCAUUGUCAUCGACAGCAUUGCUUGCAUGCUCGACGACGUUGAGGAGGUGGUGCCAAGUCAUUGCUAUUGCUUGUGGGUGUCGACCUGGACAUCAUUCAAGUCGCAGACUACGAAGAAGGCCAAGUCAGCGAAUAGAGCAUUCUACCUCGUCCUGGAACGAGUUCACGAUUCACUCGGCGAUUCGGCAUCGAAGGCCAAUAAUAGCUUAGGUCGGUUCAAGCGCAUUGGCAUGGGAUACGAUGCCGCCGAUAAGGUGACCAGAGCGUUCGUCAAUGCGGAACGGCACAACCUCGAAUUGACAUGA